UGUGGGUCUUGUCCGCACUCAGAUUCACUUGAAGAAAAAGAUGAGGAAGCUGCGCAUCUUGUCGCUGAUGGAGGCGGCGACAUCUUGGCUCCUGCUUAUCUUCGCGAUGUUCUCUCGUUAUGGAAUCGAUUUAUCGUGCGCUGCGGACAUAGUGCCUGGCUCCGCGACCUUCCGGAUCGACAGCAAGACCAAGAUCAAGGACAUCUUCAAAUGCUCAGGUAUCCACUUCAUCGGCUCCUUUAACGAAUAUUACGUGGCUUGCGAGCUCAAUGUGCCCUCCCAGGAAAAAAUAACACUACUGGAGAUUGUGGACAUCAAACUGGAUGGCUCAGUGCUGUCGCCUCUGUCUGGUGUCCAUGUAGAGCUGAAUUUUCAACUGAAUACGACGCUUGCCACGGUAUCCAUCCGCAACAGCCAGCUACAGGCCAGCGCCGUAGAGAUCCGCACCGCCAACAUAACUAUGGACGAUCAUUCGGCUGUGAAUGUGUCGGCCCAGGGACUUAAGUUCGGACCAGGUUACAACUCCUGGACCUCAAUGGGGGGAAGCUAUGGAGGCAUCGGUGGUGCGUCACUCACGCCGGCACAUCGGAAAUGUGAGGACGUGCCACCUAAUGAUUUCUUUCGGGUGGUGGGAGACGUAUCGGCGGAUUCUGCUAAUUUCCGAGGCUAUGGUAGUGGAGGAGGCAAUGAUGAGAGUCGCGGAGGUGGACGGAUUCGAUUGGUGGUGCAGGAAAACGUGGAGAUUAAUGGCUCGUUGUUGGCUAACGGAGGUGAUGCGUGCACUGAUUGCUAUGACAGUGCUGGUGCAGGAGGUAGUAUCAUUGUUGUUGCUAAGGAACGCGUUCAUGGCAAUGCGACGGUGCAGGCCAACGGCGGUGAGCCUAGUAACUUUAAUGGCGAUGAAUUUACCGGUGGAGGUGGAGGCGGUGGAGGCGGUGGUGGCCGGAUUGUAUUUGAUUCCAAGAACGCAGAGGAGUUAGGACCAGCUCGUGUUGAAGCUUAUGGUGGCGGCUUGAGCUCCGAUAAAAACACAGCAAUAGGGUGGUGUCAAUUGGGAGGCGACGGAACGAUAUUAAAGCUGCAACAUUCGACAAAGGACAAUGGUGGGCUUGAUGGCAGCGAAGAAAGUGGCCGGGGUUUUGACGACAGCAAGGCACUGGUGAGCACUUUACUUGUGAAGGGGGGUCGGUUGGCACACGUGGGGCCAGUAAAACGUAUUCAAAUCUACGGAUGCACACCGAUAUUCAGGGAGACGUCCAGGGGAGCUAAUUUCCUACCAGAAUCUCUUAUACAUAUAUUCGUUAGCGGUGGGGCUACUGUAUGUGCGGCAUAUAUCCAACUGAAGGAUAGCAUUGGUGGUAUAGAAAGCUCAAUUGUGCUUGACUCUGGAUCGGAACUCAAUAUCCUUGACCGUGAACGAAGGAUUCGACUGUCAGCAUCGCAACUCACUCUUCAGGGUUACGUGGGACCUUCAUCACUCCAGGAGCACGACUUAUUUGGGUUAACUCUGAUUGGAGCGGACGUCUCAUUCUCGAAUGCAUUAACUAUGGUGCACGAACUUGAAGUCGAAGCUCGCGGUGCGCUCUCCCUUGACAAGUUCUCGGAGCUCAAAUUUCGAGAACAAGUGAACAUCCAAACAGAGGCAUCAACUAAGAUAGAAGGCUUUCUUCAGCCUUUGGGCAAGCCGUUGGAUGGAGGUAAUCGCCCGGAUGACAUUCCCUUGAUAAGCGUGAUAAGCAAGAAAGACGUCGAGCUUCGCCCGCAAACCGUGGAGAUGGGACAAGUCGAGCUUCGAGUCAAGGCCAAUGGUACAUGCUUCCUCGACAUGCCAUUUGAUACUCCCUUUCUGCGGUUAUCGAUUUCAGCAGUGAAUGUCUCCAUUCCCAACGUGAACAGUGGUCCAGUGCUGGAAUGCAAAGAGAUUGAACUCCAAGCGGAUCCAUCAGCCUGCAACAGUCUACGAGCCUCAACGCAUGAUACCCAGCCAUAUUCAAUCAACGUGUUUGCUUCCAACCUAGCUACGUUUGGAAACAUUUCAGCUGGGUCUAUGAUUCUGUGCAGUGGUAACAAUAUGACCCUCGAAGGUGCGGUUUCCAGCUCGUGGCUCGGAUGUGGCUCUGGUAUAGGUCCUGGAAAGAGCGAUGUCUCGGGCGAAGCUAGCGGUGGAGCUGGCCAUGGUGGAAGAGGCGGUAACGUUUUACCCGGAAGUACAGGUGGUGGCGCAGCCUACGAUAUUUCAAAGGAGAUUUUAAUGCAGCAAUCGCUUGGUUCGAUUAGACCACCGUCCGUCGAUAAGGGGUGGCCGAUUUGGCCUGGUAGUGGUGCUGCAAGUGGAGACACACCGAAUAAGCUCAGUGGAGGCAGUGGGGGUGGGAUUAUCUACAUUGGGUCAAAGAAGCUGAACGUGACGAAGCCAGCGUCAAUCUCGGCGCGCGGUGGAGCUGGUUCCAUGGGCGGUGGUGGCGGAUCUGGUGGAUCACUGACACUUUUCAUUACAGAUAUUGCUGGUGGGGGUACCAUUGAUUUGGCGGGAGGUGCAGCAUCGACACCGGCACUGAUCACUGCCAACGACGAAGUGACAAAUAGAACAUCAAUCUGGAAUCCUGAAUUACAUCCAAGAGAGGUUGAUGACGACGCUGGGAAGCUAGGUGGUGGCGGCGGUGGAGGAAUCGUUCGCAUCAUGUAUGUGGAUACAGAAGAUAAGACAGUUGCAGGUAACGGGGAGGAGUUUAUUAAGGAUGGGGGGCGUAUUUCAGUAGAUGGAGGCGAGAGCACGGGAGGUGAAAACGGUGGAGCAGGUGUCAUGGUCGGUGCUAACUGUCAUCCAGGGCGCGGUGGUGUGUUCUGCUUGCCCUGUCCGGAAGGAAGUCACAGUCCAGAGCGCUUUUCAAAGUGCUCUCCAUGCGAUCCAGGCACUUGCUCAGGCCACACUGGCGCGGAAAAGUGUGAUGCAUGUCCUAUUGGCCAUUUCAAUCCUGAUUUCGGGAAGAAAGAGUGUCAGUCAUGUCCAUUGGGGUCGUUUGGUGCGAAAGUGGGAUUGAAAAAGUGUGAGUUAUGCCCACCAGGCUCAUUUGCGGGCGUGACAGGGAGCAGUGCGUGCUCCUCUUGUCCUAUUGGUACCAUCACUACUUCGUCUGGUAACAGCAAUUGCACGUUAUGUGGAAUCGGAGAGACCACGGCAAAAGCCGGCGCGACUGUAUGUGCUACCUGCAAGAAAAAGCCUGAUCACUCAGCGUUUAAUAUGCGCGGCAACUGCUCAUACGCCUGCUUCAAGGGCCGCAAUGGCCUCGACUGCUUGACACCCUUCGAGCGUUUGGUGAAACCUAUCGGUGGACCGAUAGGGUUUGUCAUUCUUGUGUUUGCUGUCACUGGUCUCAUAUUCGGUGCUUGGGGAUUCUUCUCUUAUCGAAGCUCCAAGUCCGAGUUGCGCCGCUAUGCGCAGUACAAAGCACAGAGACUACGAGACGAGCUAUCGUUGGAGACGCUUACACGAACAUUGACUGCGCGCCUCACUGAUCAAGAUCUCAAUGCGCAUGUUGCUCGUCUGUAUCUCGCUGGAGACAACCACCUCAAGAAUGCUUGGCGCCUAAAUCCGUACUUCCUGCCCACGAGUCUGCGUGACAUCGUCGAAGAAGGCACGUACGCAAAUUUUGCUUCGACAUGCAACAAGUUGGUGGAGUGGGAUCCUGCAGGCUGGGAAGCCUGGCUGUAUCGCUUCUUACUCGUCACUGUACCCCCUAUUAGUACGCUAUUCAUGCGUCGGCGUCAAUUACAUCGCGUUAUGAAGCUGUCGAAGUAUAUCGGUCGCUAUGGGGGUCGUUUCUUCCGCGAUAUGAACUUUCGGGUGCAUGGCACGCAACUAAAAGUUGGCUUCAGCCCCGAUUUCUCUCUCGGUUAUUUCGACGUCCUGAUUUCACAAGCAACUUCUACUUCAUCCUUGAACUUGGUUGCCAUGCAAGCUGUCAGCCAUGAAGAUCUGGUGCUUGUAGUCGGUGGCAGUGGGUCGUUUUUCAGACCGUAUCACCUCGACACGAACGACAUUAUUGUACGCGCCAUCCCUUCUCGUCUAGAAUUACUGGAACACAAUUUUUGGAUCGACUUUGUUGCAGAUGUGAACCAAAUGCUGCGUGUACUACCGCAGCCGUCGUCCGUUGGCCGACGUGCGCUAGAAGCUGCCGAAGUAGCCCAUGACAUUAUCGCAUUCGUUGAAGUAUUUAACGAGAAGCACGUAAAAGACGGUUUUGCCGUGACAUUCGGGACAUUUUCGGUUGGUGGAGCGAUUGCUGCUGAUGCCAACGAUAGCUGCUUCGAGCCUUUCACCCUCGAAAACAUCGACACGACCUUCGCGUUGUAUCCUCAAGAGCCGUUUAAGCUGGCGUUCCGGGUUUCCAGAUUGAAUUCACCUGACGCGACACCUGCAAAGAUAAUCAAGACGCUGGAUAGUGGUUCAGAUUAUCCUGACUUGCCGUCCGAAGAGAAUGACAAAGUGAAGGCUGAGACAGAUCCUCGAUCUGCAGAUUUCAGGUACUCGCAGAUCAGAAUGGAAGCCCUCUUUGCGCAGCCUGAGCGUCGUCCGCUUGGAAUUCAUGCUGAUGACUCCAGCGAUGAUAGCGACAGCUUCACGCCACUCAAGAAAGCUCAUAUCGGUGGAGUACGAGCGAGAGCAUUUAUGGAGUUUUUGUGUACAAACGACGCAGCGAAGAGAUGGCUAAUGGCUCUGUGGCAACCAGUUUACCCUCUUUUCCGGCUUCGCAACUUGUCACGUCCUGAACUUCCUGCUCGCUGGCUACUUUCAGUGCUCAUGGUGUUGCUUCUUAUCGCUGACAUGGGCGUUGUCUUCUGGAUCCUGGUGGAGUACUUUUGUGUUCAAAUUCGCGACCCCACUGCCCAAGAUUCAGGCUGCUCUCGGACAGCAUUAUGGUCAGUUGUGGGGAUCUUGCCUGCAGCCAUCGUCGGCUCACCGAUGCUUGGUCUCAUAUUCGUCACGAAAAAGAGUAUUUUCUACGGCAAGUUGUUCGCUGUGUGGAAUGUCAGCUCUAUUGUGAACCAAGCUGUGGCUUUCAUCUGUGGCCUUGCAUAUCUGGCAUUUAUUCACGACGAAAUCCUGCUGGUGGCGGUGGGAGGUGUGCUAAUCAAGUACUUGGAGAAGGAAGUGGCAUUGCGUUGCAUCGCGCAAUACGCAAGCGAACGGCCUUUCCGUGGUUGGCGAGGUCUACACACCACGCGGGACUGGUACGAUGCUGCUUACACACCCUUAGUGCAUUACGAAAACUAAGGAGCAAAAGAACGUUAAUGUUAGUUUGGAUAGAGAAAUACACUAUAUUUUGUGUUGGCAAUCAC